AUGGCAACUGAUACCGCGAUAUAUUUGCGCGCCCCCAAUGCUGUUCGCUUCGCGUCGCCAGCGUGUGUCCUUCCUCCGCCGCUGAAAUGGCUCAGCGGCACCUGGAAGCUGACGAGUUCUACUCUUCCCGGAUGGCGCAAGGCACGCGACGUGAUGAUAAACUACGCACUCAUCCCAAGUCCUGCCGCUGUUACGGGCGAAGAAAUUUUUACGCUCCAGUACGGUACUCAGCUUGAGGACUUCAUGUUCUGGCAAGAACCAUGCGGGCCUACCGUAACAUAUCGAUCGGCAAUGGGUCUGAGCAAACCGAUUAGACCAGGUGGGAAAGCGAACGGCGAGCUGACGCCGGAUCUGUAUGGAGACACGUUCCAUCACGGGGAGCGGACAAGCCUUGUUUACACACGACGUGGUAACGGAUGGUCGAGACUGAUUCGUCAAGGAUGGGAGAUCCUCGGGUACGGGAUACACCCACCAUCGCCAUACGGACAAGAGCACAUCUGCAAUGCUGACGGUAACUCGUGGAUCGUGAUCUAUGUCGCCAAAACGCCAAUGGCGCCUACGGGCCUCAACAUUCUCUGCCGCUUUGGACAAUUACCAGACGAUACCGUGGAUGCGAUCAGAUUGAUGCUUACGAGUCUUGGACACGAUAUGACAGCUUUGGCAGAAGGGCUUUUCAGUGUUCCCAUGACGAAUGAAAUGGAGAAAACAUGA